UUCAUUUUCCACGCAUAAGGGAAGAGCCUCAACCCAAGACAGAAGUAUCAGAAGCGGAGCUAGCAAUGGAGAAGAUGAGGAAAAAAAAGGAAGAAGAAGAAGCAAUGUGGGCUGAAUACAUUGAGCAGCGAAAGAAACAACGGGCUAAAGAAGAGGAGGAAUUAAGGAAACUUAAAGAACGCCAGAUAAAAAGAAAAGAACGGAGGAAAGAAGAAGAAAAGAAAUUACUUGCCUUGAAAAAGCAGCAAGAAGCUCAAAGAAUCAAAGAAAUGGAAGAGAAGAAAGCCAGAGAAGCGGAAGCCAAGAAGAAAAGAUUGGAAGAAGCAGAGAGAAAAAGACAAGCGAUGCAAGAAGCUCUACAGCGAAACAAAAUCCAGGAACCAGUGACGCCAAACUUUGUCAUAACGAAACGAAAUGAAGAUGGUUCACUGCAUCCUGCUCUCGAGAAGUUUCCAUCUGCUCUGUACAUGAGAAAUGAGAUGGCCAAAACAAAGGAGCAACUUGCUGAAGACAAGAAAAUCGCAAUUGCGGUUCGAGUCAAACCAUUGAACAUCGAAAAUUUAACAGUAGCUGAAUUGAGGCAGAAAGCUCAAGAGCUUUGGCAGUGCAUAGUCCGAUUAGAAAGCGAGAAAUAUGAUUUGGAAGAGAGAAGGAAACGACAAGAAUAUGACCUGAAAGAAUUAAGUGAAAGGCAAAGACAAAUUAACAGGAGUAAAGCCUUGAAAAAGGGUUUGGAUCCAGAUGCACUGAGUGGAAAGUACCCGCCUAUGAUUCAGGUUGCCAGUAAGUACGAAAGGCGUCUUGACAGAAGAAGUUUUGUUGACAAGAAGUCUCUCUAUGAAGGGGGAUAUAUGUCUCAGAUAGAAGCGUCUGUUGCCUCCGAGUGGGAGAAUAAAAUAAAAAAUUUCAAAGAACGUGGUCCUUCCCGCCUUCCAAAGUGGGACCCCACCGCACCCAAAAGUAAAGAGAAACCAGAAGCCCGAGAACCUGUCGAAGAGGAAGAAGAUAUUUCUUUUAUGCCUGGAGAGAAUCCUGAGUCAAUGGGGAAUACGCAAAACGCUGAGAAAGAAAAGGAAGAAGAAGAAGAAGAAAAUGAAGAGGAGGAGGAUGAAGAGGAGGAGGAAGAAGAAUAGCUCAAGUCUGAAUACAAAUGGCGACCCAAAAAAGCGAAGAAAAGGAAAGAAAGCAUGCUCAGCUUCAUUAGUUUUGUUCACAAAAUUGCUCAGCAGUUUAUACGCCCGAAUGGAAAGAAUUCGACCUUGAAUGGAAACUUUAUUGGAAUGUAAAUGAAUUGUCUUCAUCCAAGCUUUCAGAUUUGCUCAUAUAUUUCGGUUUCUUGUAUAUACUUUAAAAUAAUUAUAAAAUAGCAAAUGCAAAAGUAACUUUCAGGAUUUAUUGAUGAUUAGUUUUGGAAAUAAAAAUAUGGCCCAAAACCAAAACUGAUUGUAACCUCUGUUAUAGUUAUUUAAUUAAUCAAGUGAUUAAAUAAAAUUGAGUCAUACUUGCUCAAAAA